GGGGUUGAUGAGGGACUAGGACAUGCCAAUCAAAAGAAGACGCACAAAACCAGCAGGCAUCGGCUCUGACAAGUCAGCACACCGGAUAUUUAUUGAAGCAAUUAUGACACAAUUACAUUUGCAAUGUACCGGGGAGCCAAUGCGCUUCUUCCCGACUGUCGCCUAUCCCACAGCAUUCUUCGCAUCUGAUCUGCGCCGUGCGCGGUCACAAAACCUACCUUCGCUUACACCGGCAACACCACGUUCACUUGAAUUCGGAGCCAACGAGUGAAUAUGCUGUCUUUCCAAACGUAACGCUUUACGCAUCCCUCCAACAUCUGCAAAGGCCAUCAAGGGAAACAAGCAGGAAGUUGCAGAGCAAGUUGGUUUGACGUACCCAGGGGCAUGCAACACAAAAUGAGUCCUUUGGAUUUGCUCAACGAUACGGACACGUCGCCGGCGAAAUGGGACGAUAUCUCCCGAUACGGAGAGUUCUUCCUGAUGAACAAUAGCCUGAAUCUUCUCAGACCCACCUUUAGUGACGACAUCACCAAGCACCUGAUCGUCCAGAUCACACUCAUUGCUGCUUACUCACUCAUUAUCAUCCUAGGCUUGGUGGGCAACACGCUGGUUAUCUACAUGAUAAUCCUCUAUAAGAACAUGCGUACCGUCACCAACUACUUCAUCGCCAACCUGGCACUGGCUGACCUGAUGGUGGACACCAUCUGCCUGCCGUUUACCCUGGCGUACACGCUGCUCGACGAGUGGAAGUUUGGCGCGGUGCUGUGCCACCUCGUGCCCUAUGCCCAGGCCCUGAGCGUCCACGUUUCCAUACUGACUCUGACGGUGAUCGCCCUGGAGCGCUACCGCUGCAUUGUGUUCCACCUGGAGCGCCGCCUGUCGCGCCGCGCCAGCUUCGCCAUCAUCGGGCUGACAUGGGCCGCCUCGGCCGUGCUGGCCGGCCCCCUGGCAAUCUUCCGGGAGUACCGGCGCGAGGAGAUCCCCUACAUCGGGCUGCGCAUUGCCGUGUGCUCGGAGAAGUGGCCAAACAGCACCAACCGCGAUGCCGUCAUCUAUAGCCUGGCCAUGCUGCUUCUGCAGUACGUUAUACCGCUGGGCAUCAUCAGCUAUGCUUACGUGUGCAUCUGGGCCAAGCUGCGCAACCUCGCCAGCCCCUCUAACCGCGGGGACAGCAUCCAACGCCGCAAGAAGACCACCAAGAUGCUGGUAUGGGUGGUGCUGGUGUUUGCCUUGUGCUGGCUGCCUUUUCACAUGUUCCAGUUGGCCAGCGAUCUGGACCUGAUACUGCGGUUCAAAGAGUAUAAGCUGCUCUACACCAUCUUCCACAUCGUGGCCAUGUGCUCCACCUUCACCAACCCGUUCCUCUAUGGGUGGAUGAACAAGAACUACAGGAACGGCUUUGUCAUGUUCUUCCGAUGCGAACACAAGCCUGACACCAUCCACAUGGAAGGGUCCUUCAAGACCCGCUCGCAGAGGGGUCUAAUUGUGAACCGGCACAAUGAUGGAUGCCGACCAACUGCUGUCUGAAAUUCCUGAACUUGUCUUGAACUUCCUACACAUAGAGGCAACCUUGAGGGUGCCAAGUAGGGCUGUUUAUUCUUGAGCAAGUGCCAUAUGGUCUCCGAGUUUGCUGAAGGUACCCUCUUGGCAUGGAAAGCAUAUAAAGAAUGAAUGAGCAGCUGUGUUUGUUGGCAACAAGCUGUCUUCGACUAAUUGUGCAACUUGGAGGAGGAGGAAGCAUUUUCCUCAUUGCACAAAAAAUCAUUUAACUUUGAUGUCCAAGAACUUGUGGGGAUAAUAUGCUGUCAUUUUGGAACAUGCCGUAAAUUGUAAAGUUAUUGUGCCCCAAGAGGGCUGAGUCUACAAGACAAAAAAAUACACCCUGGUAUUCUGGUUUUCUGGCAAAAUAUGGAAUGUGUUGCCUAUAUUCUAGUAUAUUCCAGAUAAAAGACAAGGAUUAAUUUGGAUUUCUAAUCAUCUUAAGCAUCCUAAUAUAAUAACAGAUCAUUAUAUAAUACAACAUCCUGCCAAUAAAUUGGUAAACAUUUACAUACUUUAUGUAAUGUUGCAUGUGCAUACAUUUGCAUAUGGUACUCUAAAUGCACUGAUAGCACUUUUGCAAAAGCAAAAGGAGUACACAAGUACCCAUAUAAAUAUAUACAUAUAAAUAUAUUGUAUUUGAAUGUUACAAUUCCGUGUUCUCAGUCAGGGAGUUAAAUAAUGACUGAUCUGUGGCUCUAUUCAGCAUAACAAAUGUGAUGAGGAUGCUGCUGUGGCACUGACAGGAUUUGACAAAUUGAGUAUAUCUUGUUACGAAUGUCAUCAAAUCACUCUUUGAUCUCUCUCUCUCUCUGUGUGUGUGUGUGUGUGUGUGUCGUGUACCGGAGGAAACGAGAUGUGCCUCAGUGUUCUAUCUCUUAUUGUAGAGCGUUCCUCUAUUUUCUCCCAUCUAUCUGUGUUAUUGAAAUAAACCAAGUUAAUAUCAAAUAAACCACUUCACACUUGGUGAUGUAGCUAACAAUAA